AGAAAAGUGCCAUAUAUUCCCCACCAUCGAGACGCACGGCCGUGGGAUAACCGCUUCCCGCAAUGGACGUCCUUUUUGAUGGCGGUGGUGGCAGCUUGGGGUGCCGGCGGAGCAGGACGGAUACAAUGUAUGUAUUUGUUGCAUUGACCUUCGUCAUCUUCGUCUUUCACCCGGAGGGAUUCACGUGGACGUUGAUCCAGCUGUUGGGUCGGGGGGUGGGUCGCUUCCUGAGUCCCUUGCGGGAGGUGCCUGCCUGGAAGCGAGAGCUGCACCUCGCGGCGGGAGUGAUGGUUGUGUGGAGCCUGGGCGUGCUUGCCAGGCAUUUAUUCAGGGUUUUGGGCACAGAGAGGCAGUCAGGCUUGAAAAGAAAAGGCCCGGCUGAGCCAGGGAUGCUGGCGGCGCAAGUAUCACACAGCCCAGCGGGGGAAGAGGGGGGCCUUGGCGCAAAAUCCAAGAGCCAGGAGUGGACGUUGACACCUUCGACCCCAGCGCCACCACACCCCGGGCGGAAAGCGCGGAGAAAGAAAGGCAGCGGCGGCGGGAAGCGGGCGGCAGGUGGGAAAGCCGCGCCAUUGGGGGGCUUGCCUGGGCCUGGGGAGACCGCCGGGGCGCCGGGGGUGGGCGAGGGAGGGAGGGUGAUGGAGGAGGCG